GGGUGGGUUAGCAGCAGAGCACAGCACACCACACCACAGCGCAGCGCAGACCCCCAGCGCGACGCGAGGGACACGAGGCGAGAGCGCCCCAGGCCAGACCUCGCCGCCCCGCCCCGCCGCAUGGCACCCAAGCGCUCCGCCGCCACGGCGUGGGGGUCCCCGUCCGACGCCUCCGACGCGGAGGGCGACGCGGGCCACCGCCACCGCGACCGCGACGACCCCCCCUCCGACACCGACCCCUCCAAGACCCCGCCGCCCAACCCUAACCCUAAGUCGUCCGCCGCCGCGCCCUCCUCCACCCCCUCCGUGGCGGCCGACUCCGCCGCCGCCGGAUCCGACUCCGGGGGCACCUACGACUCCGACGCCGAGGCGCACCGCCGCCCCGCCCCCAAGCCCGCCGCCUCGUCGCCCAAGCCCGGCGGCAAGCCCAGGGCGCGCUCCCCCGGCAUCAACUCCGACUCCUACAACUCCGAGGACUCUGACGCCGAGGCCGACCGCCGCCUCGCCCCCAAGGCCGCCGCCUCGUCGCCCAAGCCCGGCGGCAAGCCCAGGGCGCGCUCCCCCGGCAUCAACUCCGACUCCGAGGACUCCGCUGCGCCCGCGGCCUCCGACGCCGACCUCGACCCGGCCGCCGGCGCCGACUCUGAAGACGACAACGUCUCGCCGCUCCGCUCCGCGCGCCGCCCCCGCGCCGAGGCCUCCAUCAUCAAGCCCAUCAGCUCCCGCCCCAUGGACUCGCCGCCCCGCGGCAGCGCCUCUGCCUCCGAGCCGCGCGUCAAGCGCCCCCGCAGCGCCGCCAUAUCAGCUCCCUCUCCGGACCCGCUGAAGCGCCCGUCGCGGCUCUGGAGCCAUGGCGACGAGCUUCUCAUCCUGCGCGGCCUCGCCACAUACCGCGCCAAGAGCGGCGUGCUCCCUGGUUCCACCAAUGACAUCGGUAAGCUCCACAGCCACAUCCGUGCCCAGCUCAGUGUUAGGGUAUCCACCACGCAGCUCAGUGAUAAGGUCCGGCGCCUCAAGCAGAAGUACCAGUUGCUUGCCACCCGUGCCAAGAAUGGACGGGAGCAGGAAUUGCACACUCCGCAUGACCGCAGCAUCUAUGAGCAUGCCAAGAAGGUUUGGGGGUUGGUUGGUAGUGGUGGUGGUGAUGGAGGAGGCAGUGGGUAUGAGAAUUAUGGUGGUGGUGAUAGUGAUGAAUUGCAAUACAGUGGAGAUAGUGAUGAUGAUAUGGAGAGUCAGAGGGAUGACCGUUACCACAUCAAGAACCGGAAGGUGAGGCCGAUUACAGCGGCAAAUGGCAAUGGAAUUGGACUUGGGGCUGUCAAUGCCAAUGGCAGAGGGAAAAGCGGGCUUGAGAAGGGAAAGGAUGCAUAUCCCUACCUGUGGGAGACUGUCGAGGAGCUGUCCAAGGAGCAUCCGAGUGGUGCGGCAUUCAAGAAGGCAUUUGAGGUGCUCGAAGGAUCAAAAGUGCGAGCCAUUGAGGAAAAGCUGAGGAGGUUUAGGUUGAUGGAGAUCAGACAGCAGCUGCGUAGGAUGGACCUGAUGAAGGAGACGGUGAGGAUGGUGCUCGAUGCCCUUGAGAGUGCUGACUGAAUAAUGGCUGAUCGAUAGUGAUUGGUAAACUGUUGGAAGGGGGAAAUCACUCUUUUUGUUUCUAGAUAGACUAUAUGUGGUUAAUUACUUACUUCCCUGGACAAGGUUGCAGUUGCCUCCAUCAAAAUUAGGCAUAGAACAUGGAGUGAUGGUCUUCUCCUUGUUAUUGUUCAUGGAUCAUUGUAUUUUGGGAUUCUUAGGUGCUAACUUGUGGUUUAUAUGCUAUUUGGUUGUGUCAAAUCAGGGUUCUUGCAUCCUCGUUUUGAA